GUAGCAACACUAGAACUAACCUCAAACCGGGAACUGGUGUUAUGAAUUUGGUGAAUGUGGUUUUUGUUUUUAAAAAUACAUUUCAAAGAGCAGAUGAUUAAAAAUUAAAACUUGCAUCGACUUAAAACCUAAGUGAAUAUUACUAUUCACAAUAAUUAUGGAGGUUGAGGGUUAUCCAGGGUUGAUAAAAACAAUAACUGAUGAUCAGGAAGUAGAAAAUUUCUCUGAGGAAUCUGAUGUUGAAGAGGAUUAUCAACCAACAAAACAAAAAGUGAAGAGGAAAGCAGAUUUUGACCCAAAAUUUACAUUUGUUGGCUCGGUUGAAGAGUAUAAUAAAAACCCAUGGGAUGACUUACAGAAGUAUGUGCGUAGAAAUGUAAAGAGGACUCUAGACCAGAAGAUUGAACAAAAGCGAGCUGAAGCCAAGGUUAAGGGUAAUAUUGACGUUGACACUGAUUCAGAAGCUGAAGCUAAAGAUGUAGACGUUGAUGAAAUGGAAAUAUCUGACGAUGAACUUAAAAAGGAUGAAAUAAAAACGAAGGUUAAAAAGUUGACCAAAAAGCAAAAACUUAAGGAGGUCGAAGAAGAUGAAAGUCAAGGUGCUAAGAUAGAAUAUGACUCCGAUUUCUUUGAGGAAGCACCACCAUACGAUGAGCAGGCUUCAUUCUACAUGAUGAACCUGUCCAGGCCUCUGUUGAAGGCUAUCGGCAGUCUCAACUACGUCCAUCCCACACCCGUACAAGCAGCUACAAUACCUAUUGCUUUGUUAGGUAAAGAUAUAUGCGCCUGCGCAGCGACCGGUACGGGCAAGACAGCCGCGUACAUGUUGCCGAUAUUAGAACGAUUGCUGUACAAGUCGGGCGGUGAAAGGAUCACUCGAGUUUUAGUGUUAGUGCCAACGCGAGAGUUGGGAGCUCAGGUGCAUACAGUGACACGACAAUUAUCGCAAUACACGUCCGUCACAAUUGGAUUGUCAGUGGGAGGUCUGGAUGUUAAAUAUCAGGAAAGUGUCCUGCGUCACAAUCCAGACAUCGUGAUAGCGACUCCGGGUCGUCUGAUAGACCACAUUAAAAACACGCCUUCUUUUGGCUUGCACUCCAUCGAAGUACUGGUGUUGGAUGAGGCUGACAGAAUGCUCGAUGAAUAUUUCGCGGAGCAAAUGAAGGAGAUCAUCCGCCAGUGCUCGCCCAAGCGUCAGACGAUGCUGUUCUCGGCCACAAUGAGUGACGAGGUCAAGGACUUGGCGGCGGUGUCCUUGAACAAACCCGUCAAACUGUUCCUCGACUCUAACAAAGAUGUCGCUUUCAAUCUGAGACAGGAGUUCGUUAGGAUCCGCAGAGAACGUGAGUCAGACCGCGAGGCGAUGCUGGCGGCACUUGUGUGUCGCACCUUCAGAGAUCGGGCCGUGAUAUUCGUGCAGACGAAGAAGCAGGCGCAUCGACUACACGUGGCCUUGGGGCUGUUGGGAGUUAAGGUAGCGGAACUGCACGGAGCGUUGAAUCAACCUCAACGUUUAGACUCCCUCAAGAGGUUCAAAGAUGAGCAAGUUGAUGUACUAGUGGCGACCGACGUCGCCGCUCGUGGUUUAGACAUACCCGGUGUGAAGACUGUACUAAACUUCACGCUACCGGCCACUUUGGAACAUUAUAUACAUAGGGUUGGCAGAACAGCGCGCGCGGGUCGUGCCGGUGUAUCGGUGUCUCUAGCGGGCGAGGCAGAGCGCGCGCUUGUUAAGGCAAUCGUACGCCGCGCUAAAAGACCCGUCAAGUCCCGCCAAGUGCCGCCCGACAUCGUCGCCAAGUAUAGGGAGAAGAUGAACAGAUUGGAGCCGGAGAUCGCGACAAUCCUGGACGAAGAAUACGCGGAGAAGCAAUUGAAGAAAAUGGAGAAACAGACCACUAAGUUAGAAAGCGUUAUUAAAAAAGACGACAAUCCCAAGAUAGAGGUCCAACGUCAGCAGGAAUGGUUCCAAACUCCUAAACAAAAGAGGGAAGAAAAAGAACGUUUGGCUUUAACACAACAUCCUGGAAAAGUUGAUAAAUUCCAAAAGGGCAAAGGCAAAAAACGAAAGCACGGCGAUGACUCCGAUGACGAUGACGACGGCAAGAAGAAAAAGAAGAAGCAAACAAAACAUGCACCCAAAGACACAGCAGAGGAACGAGUGAGGAGGGAAAUGGAAAAGGUGGCACUUCUCCAGUCAAGAGUAGAGAAACGUAAGAAGAAGCAACGCAAAAUACGCGCCGUGGAAGACGACGAUGACCGCCCAGCCAGAAACCCCAAUAAAAACCCCAACAAGUCCAGGAAAAAACAAACCAACUUCGCCAGCGAUCUCACUGACACCUCACGUACUUCCACUAAGCGUUUGAGAUACGAGGCGAAUAGGGUACAGAAAGGUAAACCCUUGCAAAAGGGUAAACCUCUACAAAAGGGCAAAGGAAAGCCAAUGAAAGGCAAGCCGCAGGGCAAAACGUUUGGCAAACCGCAAGCGGGUAGAAAAGGUUCCCGUAAAAAACAGUAAUACACAUUUUUUUAAUGCGA